CAUAUGAGUUAUACGUCAGAAAACUGGGCCGCGCGAGAACUUCAGGCCUCCACAUCGCGAGACUGGCGCAGCACUACCAGAGGAAUCCCCCAGAAAGAUGGCGGCGCCGCCAGAAGAGGAAAGCUUGGAGUCUCGCAUCAACAAAGCUACGAACCCUCUAAACAAAGACACAGACUGGGACAGCAUCAGCGCCUUCUGUGAUCAGCUCAACGAUGAAGUGGAGGGUCCUCAGCUGGCCACCAGGCUUCUGGCUCACAAGAUCCAGUCCCCUCAGGAGUGGGAGGCCAUGCAAGCCCUGACGGUGCUGGAGACCUGUAUGAAGAACUGCGGGAAGAGGUUCCACAGUGAGGUGGGCAAGUUUCGCUUCCUCAACGAACUCAUCAAGGUGGUGUCUCCCAAGUACCUGGGCUCCCGCGCCCCCGAGCAGGUGAAGAAGAAGGUGCUGGAGGUGAUGUACAGCUGGACUGUGGGGUUGCCAGAUGAGACCAAGAUCGCGGAUGCCUACCAAAUGCUAAAAAAACAGGGUAUUGUUAAACAUGACCCAAUCCUUCCUGAUGACAAGCCCCUCCCACCACCACCCCCGAGACCCAAAAACGCCAUCUUUGAGGAUGAAGAGAAGUCCAAGAUGCUCUCUCGCCUGUUAAACAGCUCUCACCCCGAAGAUCUAAGGGCAGCCAACAAGCUCAUCAAGGAGAUGGUACAGGAGGACCAGAAGCGCAUGGAGAAGGUAUCGAAGCGAGUCAACGCCAUACAGGAAGUGAAGGAGAGCGUGAGCCUGCUGACACAGCUGCUGGGAGACUACAGCAAGGAGACCGUCUCCCAGAGCAACGAGGAGCUCAUUAAGGACCUGUAUCAGCGUUGUGAGAAGAUGAGACCAACACUUUUCAGACUAGCCAGUGACACUGAGGACAACGACGAGGCCCUGGCGGAGAUCCUGCAGGCCAACGACAGCCUGACGCAGGUCAUCAACCUGUACAGGCAGCAGGUGAAGGGCGAGGAGGUGAACGGGGACAGUGGAGCCACGCCCCAGCUCACGGGAAGCAGCACGGCCCUCCUGGACCUGACAGGAUUGGACACCUCGCCCCUGGGUGCGACCUCUAUCCCAGAAUUCCCUGCUAAGGAGCACAGUCCACAGGCUGCCUCCCAGGAGGUGGGCAUCAGCCUUCUGGAUGAUGAGCUCAUGUCACUAGGUCUGAAUGAAGUCACCCCAAACUCCAUCUCGGCCUCCCAGUCCACAGAAAGUUCUGCCUGGAACGCUUUUCAGUCCUCAGAGAGCGUGGACACGGACAUCCCGGCAGCGGUGCUGAAGCCCUCAGUGACCACGCCCACGCAGGCUCCGCCCAGCGGCGCCCCGCCUGCCAACAAGGCCUUGGAGGAGCUGGAUCAGCUGGGGAAAACACUAAUGCAGCAGUCCCUACCCCCAGAGAGUCUGCAGGUCAAAUGGUCCAAACAGGAGCCUCAGUCCAAGCCUACGCUGCGGGACCUCCAGCACAAAUCCAACCCCAAUAGCAGCCCGAGUCCGAACCCCGUCCCGGCCUUCUCCGUCGAGCCUCCGGGGCCUCUCCUAAACGCCCAGCCCAGCCUGGGGGCCCCCGCACUGGGGCUGUCCCCUGCUCCCACUCCCCUCUCAGAAAUCACACUGACUGACGUGAAUGUGCCCCUGGAGUCCAUCAAGCCGAGCAGUCUGUUGCCGGUGACGGUGUUGGACAGGCACAGUUUGCGGGUGCUGUUCCACUUCGCGCGGGACUGCCCCCCCUCUCGUCCUGACGUGCUGGUGGUGGUCAUCUCCAUGCUCUCUUCCGCCCCCAUCCCCGUCACCAACAUCCGCUUCCAGGCAGCCGUUCCCAAGGUGAUGAAGGUGAAGCUGCAGCCCCCCUCAGGGACGGAGCUGCCAGCCUUCAACCCCAUCCUGCCCCCCGCUGCUAUCACUCAGGUCCUGCUGCUGGCCAACCCCCACAAGGUACUGCACACGCACGCACACACACACACGCACACACACACACACGCGCACAGCACACACGUCCCACAAAACUUGGUUGCCGUGGGAGAUCCACCCUGGCAGCCAGGGAUAAACAUUCACUCUCCGGCACACGUGGCUCCAGAGGUGUGA